UUAUCGAUAUUGUAUAUAAUGAAAAAAAUUGUAAGUAUAGCAAUUUCAGUAGUACAAUAGUAUAUCUGAGCUUAUAUCUUACUCUCUAUUCAAAAUGGGUGGUGGAGAUUUGAAUUUGAAGAAAUCAUGGCAUCCAUCUACUAUGAAAAAUAUAGAAAAAGUUUGGAAGGCAGAACAACAACAAAGUCAAGAAAAGAAAAAAAUUGCCGAAUUAAAAAAAGAAAUAGAGAUGGAAAAAGAUCGAGAAGAUAUGAAAAAAUAUGCAAUGGAGCAAGGAGUAAUAGAGAAAAAAGAUGAUAAAAAAUUAGAUUGGAUGUAUAAAGGGCCAAAUCAAUUAAUCAAUAGAGAAGAAUAUUUACUUGGACGACCAAUUGAUAAAUCUUUUGAACAAAUGACUCAGGUGGAGAAGGAUAUUGAAUUAAAUCAAGUACCAAGAAACCAUGUUGAACAUGAAUGUAUUCCACCAUCACUACGUUUCUUUUCUGGUAACGAACAAGUAGACUUAGCAAGAAAGAUGCAAGAAGAUCCUUUAUAUGCUAUAAAGAAGAAAGAGAUGGAAACAAGAAAUCAAUUGUUAAAAAAUCCUGUUAAAUUGAAGCAAUUACGACAAUUGUUGGAGCAGCAAUCAAAAAAAAGCAAAAGUGAAAAGAAAAAGAAGAAAAAAAAAGAUAAACAAGAUGUUGAUAGUGAUGAUGAAGAGCAAUUAGAUUUAUUAUUGGCUACUAAAUAUAAACAGUUAAAAGAGAAAAUUAAUAAUAAGGAUUUAAUAAAGUCAAUGAAGAAAGUAAAACAUAAACGUAACAAAAAACUGAAAAAAGAAAAUUAUUCUAAUGGUGAAUCAGAAAGUAGCAGUGAAGAAAGCAAUGAAUAUAUAACAAGAUAUAAAAAAAAAAGAAGUAAAAGUAAAGAAAAUAAUACUGAAAUCAAGAAAUAUAGCAAGAAAAAAUGUUUAGUACUUGAUAAUGAAAAAGAAAAAGAAUAUAAAAUUCAUGAAAAGCGUGUUAAGACUCGUAGUUCAAGCAAGGAAAGUGAUGGUAGUUCAAUUCAGGAAAAGAAAUACAGAUUACACAAAAGAGGUAUAAAUAAGAACAGAGAUAAAGAUCUUCGUUCGAGAAGUCCUCAAGAUAGAGAAAACAGUACUUAUAGAAAUAAAUAUAAUGACACAAGUACUGUUGAGGAUAGGCAUAAAGAUGUUUUGAAUAAAUUAAAUCAAAGAGAAACAAUGUAUUCAAAAUUAUCUUCUGAUAAAAAAUAUUACAAAGAGGACAAGAAUAGAGAUAAGUGGAAUUUAAAAAAAAAACAAAAUCUCACAGAAGAAGAAAAGGAACGACGUAGGCAAGAAAUGAUAGCAAAUGCAUCAUGGAGAGAUAAGGAACGAGAACGCAAUGUUAAAAAAUAUCGUGAAGAAGAAAAGAAAGAAAUAGACGGUGGAAAGGUAUAUAACCAAGAUUUUGUUAGAAAACAAUUAGUAGCUGCUGCAGAAGUAGGUACGGUUGCAUCUAGAAUUAAAGCUAAUAUAAAUAAUAUACAGCGAUCUGGAGGAGCAAUGGAUACAAAUUUCGCUAAAAGAUGA